AUGGAUCCUGAAUCCGGGACCUGGAAUCGGGGAUCUGGGGUCCGGAAUCCGGGUUCCGGGAUCCGGAAUGGUCCUGGGUCCUGGGUCCUGGGUCCUGGGUCCUGGGUCCUGGGUCCUGGGUCCUGGGUCCUGGGUCCUGGGUCCUGGGUCCUGGGUCCUGGGUCCUGGGUCCUGGGUCCUGGGUCCUGGGUCCUGGGUCCUGGGUCCUGGGUCCUGGGUCCUGGGUCCUGGGUCCUGGGUCCUGGGUCCUGGGUCCUGGGUCCUGGGUCCUGGGUCCUGGGUCCUGAUUCCUGGGUCCUGGGUCCUGGGUCAUGGGUCCUGAUUCCUGGGUCCUGGGUCCUGGGUCCUGGGUCCCUGAGUCCCUGGGUCCCUGGGUCUGGGCCAAAGAUCUUCCUUGUCCUUCGGGAUAUCCACGUGGCGUUGCAACAUGGUGCAUCGAACUUUGAUGAAGGCUGUGGAGGCUGUGAAAUUCAAUAUAAUUGUUUUUUUCCAAGUGUUGGAACUGGAAUCAAACAAUUCAUGUAG